UAUGGUGUAAAAACCAAAACGAAUGGGUUUCAGUUCCGAAUACUCAUGAUCAAAUGUCACAAGAUCGUAACAAUACACAGAGUCUCAUAAACAAUGGCCAAGGUUCCUGCAGAACGUCUAAGAAGACUGUUUUAUUUUGUUUCCCCAAAUGAAACUUCAUUCGAGAAACUUGAGGACGUUCCAAAAUAUGUUGACGAGGCAAUACCAUACUUUGUCUCAAUGAUAAUAAUAGAAGCAAUUGUACUUUAUAUACAAGGGAAGCCAUUACCAAGAUUCAACGAUGGAUUUAGUUCUGUUGCAAAUGGAUUACUUUCAUUAAUGCAUGGGUUGCUGUUCAGAUCAGUAGAGGUGUCUACUUAUGUAUGGUUUUAUGAGAGGUUUAAUUUGAUACAGUUACCGUGGAACAACCCGUGGACAUGGGUCCUCGGAAUGGUUGGUGUGGAUUUCUGUUACUACUGGGUUCACAGAUGGGGACAUGAAGUGAACAUAAUUUGGGCAGCACACCAAACCCAUCACAGUUCAGAAGAUUAUAACCUGACCACAGCACUAAGACAGUCCUGCAUACUUAAGUAUAUUUCUUGGGUGUUUUAUCUUCCUAUGGCUUUAUGCGUGCCACCAUCAAUUUUCCUGGUGCAUGCCCAGUUUAGUCUCCUGUACCAGUUCUGGAUACAUACAGAGACAAUUAAGAGCAUUGGUCCAUUAGAAUGGAUUUUGAAUACUCCAAGUCACCACAGAGCCCAUCAUGGUAGAAACAGACAGUAUAUAGAUAAAAACUAUGGAGGAACACUCAUUAUUUUUGACAGACUAUUUGGUACAUUUGAAGCAGAAAAAGAAGAAGUUGUUUAUGGUCUUGUACAUCCUCUAGAUUCCUGGGGUCCUAUUCAUUCACAGAUAUGCCAUCUUCAAUACAUGAUGAAAACUUUCAUGGAAACUCAAGGGAUUGGAAACAAAUUAUCAGUUAUUUUUAAAGGUCCUGGAUGGUCUCCAGGGAAACCAAGAUUAGGACUGAAAGAAGAUAUACCUAUGGUGUCAGCUCCAAUGCCAAAGUUUGAAGGACCCAUGUUACCAACGUGGAUGAAUGUGUACAUAUGGGUACAUUUUGGUUUACUUAUUGUUGGGUAUGAUGUCUUGGCUCAUAGAGACCCGAGCAUGAAUGCGUUUAGUGUGGUAUGCUAUAUUUUGUAUAUAAUUUAUUGUCUAGAAGUUUUUGGAGCCCUUUUUGAUGCAAGGAUGAUGGCAUCAUACAUGGAGUUAUUUAGGUGUUUGUGUUUCAUCAUUGUCUGUAAGGCUAGAAGUCCUUUAGUUGGAGUGUCUUGGACAUUUACUUCUGUAGUUUAUUGGAUUUAUAUAGGAUCUGCAAUAUUGUGGGGUUAUUUGUCAUUCAACCAGUCUACAACAAAAAUUAAGAAGGCUUUGUAAUUCCAUAUACUUAAAGCAAAAUUGUCUACUCAUGUUGGUGCUUAUGAUAAUUCACUCCACAUAUUAUGAUCACGGUAUAAUUUACUUAUGAAAGGAUUUUUGUCUCGCCCUGACAGAGUCAAAAAGCUAGACUUAGGUAUGCUGUUUCCGGCGGUGGCAGCAAGGGUUUCAACAAUUUGUUAAAGUUUGUGAUUAGGUCCGUGUCAGGGGAACUACUAAUGGUAAAACAAUGAUAUUUCGUAUGCAGGUGUAUAAGCAUUUGCAAAUAUCAUUGCCAUGGAGAUUAUUUGGCCCUGUCCCCCUCAGUCAUGGUCUAUUGACUUUGAAACAUUUGUUUAGUUUACAGAUUAAAGUUUGUGAUUAGGUAAGUUUAAGGGGAACCACUUAUGGCAAGUCAAUGAUAUUCGGUAUGCAGUUGAAAAAGCAUUGGCACAUUUCAUCUCCAUGGAGAUUAUAGAUUAUAUGCCCCCCCAGUCAUGGUCUAUUUACCAUAACAUGUAUAGUUUACAUGUUACAGUUUGUAAUUAGAUCAGUAAAAUGACAUUUGGCAGGCAGUCUCCCCUUAACAUUAAACUAGGCAUAUCUUAUUUCCAUGGAAAUUGUUUGGCCCUAAACCUUUGGUCAUGGUUCAUUGACUUUGAAUAGUUUUUCAUAAUUUACAUGUUAAAGUGAUGUUCUUUUAAUUUCAACAUUUUCAUUUUACUAUCAAAAUGACAAACAGGCGAGACAUAUAUCUAUGUCAACAGUAUAUUAAUCUAAAGGACAAGCAUACAGAUUAAGUAGUCAAUGUCUUGAUUUUUUAUUUGUAUGUACACACAGUUCUGUAGCAUAUCUACAAAGGACUAAAAUUUAGUAUUUUGAAUAAAUGCUUAGUAUUGGUAUAUUUCAAUAGCUAUCCUCAUCAACAACGUUAAGUUAACCUUUCAGUUUGUCUGCUACAGUUUAAAAUGUCAUAUCUCAACUUAUUCUAAUUAUUGUGAACAAAGGCAAAAUUAUGUCAGACCAAAUGGAUAAAAAUCACAAUUCUAAACUGCUUAUAGUACUUUUCACAAGCAAAAUUUCAGUUGAAAAAAAGUUCAAUUAAUAUUUACCUUACCUUACCUUUACAUUGAACAUAAUUUCCAUUUUUUUUUUCUCUAGAAAGCGAAUAAAUAUUUUAAAAACGGGCACUGUGAUUUUUGUGAGCACAAUAGCAAGUUUGUAUUAUUUCUUUUGUCUUGACCUCUUAUUUUUUUAUAUCAGGGAAUUUUUUCAGAUAGUUUAUAAUCAAAGCUCUGUCAAUAAUGUGAGCCAGCCAAUCUGACAGUCACAAAAAAACAGAUUUUCUAUUCAUGUUAUAUAUAUAUACAUUAAAUCAUUUCUUUACAAAUGUAUUAUUCAAGGCAGUUAUUGGAAGCUCUUUUUCAUGUUUUGAAAGGUGUAACCAUGGGCCUUAUUGAAUAUUUUCUUACUCUUGUAGAUUUUAUCCUAGCAGAAUUUUGUAAUUCAGAUAAAGCCCAAACAAUGGUAAAGUAAAAAUAUAUGUCAGCUGUGCUUAAUUUUGGAUCUCAAAUCGAAUUGUCUCCCUUUGACCUUUUUUUUAAAUGUGGUAAAUCAGUUAUUAUAUCAAUGAACAGCUUGUACUGAAUUUAAUUCCAUUACUCUCACAAUAUAAGAUAAUGAUAAAAUAGUAUCAUGAUUUCUUAUCAACUAUUUAAAAAUGAUAUGUUACCUUUUUACUUCAAAUCAUAAAGAUUAAUAUUUAUUUAAACAAGCAUAUGUAAUCAAACAUGAAUUUGUUGUCUUCACUAUAAAAGUAAACUUAAUUUUCCAUUUAAGGAAAAGUUGCAUGAAAGAGUUGGUGGUAAUAGAUUCAAAGGUGUUUAUACUUUUCUGCAAAUCAUUUACAUAUCCCCUAUGGCUAGAAUUCAAACUUCUGUCCCAUCUAAUAAUCUCAAAAUGUUGACCUAUUUUUACAGAAUUAUUACCAUUGACCCUUUACAUAUGCCAUCUAGUUGCAUGAACACUGAUUCUCAUGAACUGAUUAACUAUAAAUUAUUAUCUAUUUAUGUCUAUACUGUGAUAUUUUUAACAAUAUUUAUAUUUUUUUAAGAUAAUUGAUUUUAUUCAUAUGCUAUUACCAAAUAACAUUUUAAGUUAAGUUUUAUAUUUGAAAUUUCAAAGUGUUAAAGUUAUUAUGUGUACUUUUGGUCAAUGAUCAUAUUAAGAUGUAUGAGAUUAAAUUGUUAUUUUUAAUUGUGUAUUCCAAUUAUAUGUGAUAAAAGUUUGUGCAAUAAAGGAAAUUUAAAAUCAAGUUUAAA